CCGAAAGGAAAGAUAUUAAGAGAUUUGAAAGUAGGAGGGGGAGGCGGAAAUGCGAAAUGAUAGGAGAAGACCGGAGGGGGUGGGAUGAAGCUAAGAGCUGGAAAGGUGAUUGGCCACAGGGAUACAGAGCUGGGGAAGGGAAAGGAUCAUGGGACGGGAGGCCUAGGCAGAACGAAAGGGGAAGGGAGCACUGGAAAGAGAUGGAGAACAGGCAGUGAUGGGGAGAGGGAGAGAGAAAAAAAAAGACGAACAACUAAAUAUGUCAGGGAUGGGGUAAGAAGGGAAGGAGGGGCAUUAACGGAAGUGAGAGAAGUCAAUGUUCAUGCCAUCAGGUUGGAGGCUACCCAGGCGUUGUUUCUCUUGGCUUCAUCUUGACAGUAGAGGAGUCCAUGGAUAGACAUAUCAGAAUGGGACUGGGACGUUGAAUUAAAAUGUGUGGCCACUGGGAAAUCCAGCUUUCUCUGGCGGACAGAGCGUAGGUGUUCAGCGAAACGGUCUCCCAGUCUGCGUCGGGUCUCACCAAUAUACAAAAGGCCACACCGGGAGAACCGGACGCACUAUACCACACCAGCUGUCCUGACGAAGGGUCUCGGCCCGAAACGUCGACAGUGCUUCUCACUACAGAUGCUGCCUGGCCUGCUGUGUUCCACCAGCAUUGUGUGUGUGUUGUGUGAUUCCCCGAGUCUGUAGCGCGCGUAGUGGACAAUCCCGGUACUGCAGGGGAUCAGCAGCUCUCCGAAAGUGAAAGCAUUCUGAAUCAGGAAGUGCUGGAGUUAACAUGGCUUCGAAAGGACCGGCCGAGAGUUGGACCGAGGAGGUAAUUUGUCCCAUCUGCCUGGAUUUCUUCACCGAUCCGGUUAUACUGGAGUGUGGACACAACUUCUGUCGCUCUUGUAUCACACAGUGUUGGGAAAGGGAGCAGAAAAACUCCUGCCCGGAAUGUCGAGAGGAGUUUACUGACCGCACCCUCAGGGUGAAUCGGGCCUUAGCAAAUCUGGCUGAAAAAGCUCGAAAUCUAAACCUGAAUCCGAAAGGGAAGGAAAGUAAACGUCACUGCGAGGAACAUGAGGAAGAGCUGAAGCUGUUUUGUGAAACGGACAAGACACUGAUCUGUGUGAUCUGUGCAGCUGCGCAGGAACACAGAGAGCAUCGAUUUGUGCUGAUUAAAGAGGCUGUUAAAAACUAUAAGGAUCAGCUAAAAUCUUCCUUAGACUCUCUCACAAAAAAGAAAUCAGACUUCCAGGAAAAGGAGCAGCAACAGAAAGAGAAGAUUUCCGGAGUUCGGGAACAGUCACACAGUGUUCAGUCCCACAUCACAUCCCAGUUUGCUGAACUGCGCCAGAUUAUCACUGAGAAAGAGCAGAGCUUACUCAGGGAUCUCAGGGAAGAAGAGAAGAGGAUUCUCAACCCAAAGGAGAAAAAUCUUCUAGCACUUCAAGAGAAUAUAAGGAGUAUUCAGGAGGAAAUCACUAAGUUAAAGGAACAGAUGGAUCAGAAAGAUGGUGUGAUAUUUCUGAAGGAAGAAGCUCGUCGGAACAGAAGGAUUAAUGACGAUGUCCAGGAAUUGUCAGUGACAGAUGAGACCCUACCGGUUGAAAAAUACGAUCACCUCUAUUUGUUGAACACAGUGCUGAGAGAAAUGCUUGAUGCUAUUAAUCGAGUCUCUGUCACCCUGGAUGUGGAAACGGCGAAUCCUCGGCUCGAGGUGUCUGAGGAUCGGAAGAGUGUGAGACGGACCCGGAACCGGAGGGAUCUCCCUGACACCGGGAAGAGAUUCACAGACUGGCCUUGUGUGCUGGGAUCGGAGGGAUUCACAUCGGGGAGACAUUACUGGGAGGUGGAGGUGACGGGGAUUCGGCGCUGGUGUCUGGGAGUCGCCGCAGAGUCUGUGGAGAGGAAGGGACCGGUCAGACUGAGACCGGAGACCGGAUUCUGGGUUAUCGGGCGGGAUUAUGACGUGUUAUAUCGGGAUUGUGACGUGUUCGGUGGUCCCCCCUCCCCCGAGUCCCGUCUCGCUGCCGGUCCCAUCCCCGGGAGGGUGGGAGUUUAUCUCAGUUACGAGUACGGGACAGUUUCAUUUUACAACGCGGAGACCAAGUCCCAUCUCCACACAUUCACUGGGAAUAAAUUCACGGGGAAACUUUAUCCUUUCUUCCGGACCUGGGGUGUAAAUCAGUGGCUGAGAAUCUGCUCCGGUUCCGCUCCAGGUCUGUAAACGGGUCGGGUCCCGGGACCGGCGCCAGGAGUAAAGUCCCUGUAAAUAUAAAUGUGCGGAGAGUGCAGCUAAAUACGUGGCUAAGGGGAUGGUGCAGGAGGACAAUUGGGCUUUGUUCCCGGGAAGGUGGG